CGUCGCCUUUCUAAAAUAGACGCCGGUUCAUCGCCGUUCCCAACUUGACUAGAUUCAUAUUUAAGAUCCUCUAGGUAGUUGCAUUUCGGAUAGUUCGAAACCGGAACAUAAAAGUUUUACAUCCGUGACAGAACAUGGCCUACAGUUGGGAUAACAGAGUCAGUUUCGUCGUCAAGUACUUGUACGAUAUCGACAAUAAUGGGUACUUGGACGAAAGAGAUUUUGCCUGUUUAGCUCUGAGAGCAACAAUCAUUGAAGGCAAAGGAGAAUUCAGUUAUAAUAGACUCCAGGAAAAUCAACAUAUAAUGCUGAGCCUUUGGGAAGAAAUAGCCGAACUUGCUGACUUCAAUAAGGACCUGUUACAGGACGGCAAAAUCACCGUAGAGGAGUUCAAGCAAGCUGUGCAGCAGUGCUGCAUGGGCAGGCGGUACGAGGACUUCCCGCAGGCCAUGAAGAUGUUCAUCGACUCCAAUUUUAAGAUGGUGGACCUCAACGACGAUGGUGUCAUAGCCGCGGACGAAUAUAGGUUCAACUGUAUCACCAAGUUCGCCAUUGACGAUGUUGAGAUUGUUGAUGAAGCUUUUAACAAUAUGCUUAAUGACGAUGACAGAAGAAGAGGAGGCAUAACCCUUUCCAGAUACCAAGAACUCUACGCCGAAUUUCUGGGUAACCCAGAAGAGACCCCUGCGGUAUACCUUUUCGGCCCCCUCUCAGAAUUCUUCUACAACGACGAUCUAGACAUUUAGCGCCAUCUCUUUGUGAAAGUCUGACUAAUUAUUACAUGUGUAUCGUACCUUAAAUGUAUUAAACAAGUGUGCGCUUCUCUUAUGUGUCAUGCCGUCACUUGUUUUGUACCGAUAAGAUUUGUUUUAUGUUGUAUGUGUUAAACGUUGUUGCAUUUUAUAAUUUUUUAAUAAUGAUAGUUAUUUUACA